CUCCCGACGGCCGAUGGCCAAUGCGGGGACACACUCAGCAACUCAUCCCAGUCAAAAAUUCUUGGACCCCAACCUGCACGCAUCACGCAAUAAGCUCCGUUCAAGCAGCAGCACUUCGCAUCUAGCAGACACGGCUGCGCAGGAUGUCAUAACCUCGCUUUCUGCCAUCAAUCAUCUUGGUCCUGUUCAAUUGGCCCCCUCACACAUACCCAAUGCAAGAUGUCGACGCUCACAAAUAGGACCUCGAGACACCUGCUCCGCAGCUUGCGGGCACCAGCUCCCGCGGCUGCGCACCAGGCGAGAUGCGUCUUCGCUGCGGGCAGAGCUGCCAGGCACCUGUCGACGGAUAAGAGGAGCGGGCCGAGUUUCAAGGGCCAGAUGAUGGAGAGCAUCACCGCCCGCAUGGACCGGGAGAAGGCCGAGCGCGAGAAGUCCGCCCUAGAAAGGGCCGAAUCAGCCUCGUCGAGGAACUUUGCCUUCACGUUCAUGCUGAUCUUCACCGCCGCUAGCUGCUGGUACAUGGGCAUGAAGUAUCCCCGAGACCCGGACCCGGCCUCGACUCUCCCACUCAACGCGACGCGGCCGCCGAAGCACAAGACGGGCAAGGCGGAGCUCGAGGCCGCGUGGGCCGAUUUUGUGGAGAUUGUGGGCCAGGACAACGUCAGCACCAAGGACACGGACCUCGACCACCACUCGACGUCGACGUGGUCGUCGCACCAGGCGGCCGACCCCUCGGACCCGGCGGCCCGGCCGUUCUGCAUCGUCUACCCGGCCUCGACGGAGGAGGUGUCGGCCAUCAUGAAGGUGUGCCACACGCGGCGCAUCCCCGUGGUGGGCUUCAGCGGCGGCACGAGCCUCGAGGGCCACUUCGCGCCGACGCGGGGCGGCAUCUGCGUCGACUUUGGGCGCAUGAACAAGAUCCUGACGCUGCACGCCGAGGACCUCGACGUCGUGGUCCAGCCCGCCGUCGGGUGGGAGGCGCUCAACGACCACCUGGCCCGCGACAACCUCUUCUUCCCGCCGGACCCGGGCCCGGGCGCCAUGAUCGGCGGCAUGAUCGGCACGGGCUGCAGCGGCACCAACGCGUACCGCUACGGCACCAUGCGCGACUGGGUGCUCAGCCUGACGGUCGUCCUGGCCGACGGCACCGUCAUCAAGACGCGGCAGCGCCCGCGCAAGAGCUCCGCAGGAUACGACCUGACGCGCCUCUUCGUCGGCAGCGAGGGCACCCUCGGCCUCGUCACCGAGGCGACCCUCAAGGUCGCCGUGCGCCCCCGCGCCACCUCGGUCGCCGUCUGCGCCUUCCCGACCAUCCGCGGUGCCGCCGACUGCGUGGCCCGCGUCGUCGCGUCCGGGGUCCCCGUCGCGGCCGUCGAGAUCCUCGACGCCGACCAGAUGAGCUUCAUCAACGCCGCGGGCGCCACGGCCCGCGCGUGGCGCGAGGCUCCCACGCUGUUCUUCAAGUUCAGCGGCACUGAGCGCGGCGUCCGCGAGCAGGUCGCCGACGUGGAGAGGCUGGCGCGCGCGGCCGGCGGCGGCGGGUUCGAGUUCGCAAAGGGCACCGAGGAGCAGGACGAGCUCUGGAGCGCCCGAAAGGAGGCCCUCUGGAGCACCAUGGCCGCCGGCCGGCCCGGGGACCGCGUCUGGACCGGGGAUGUCGCCGUGCCUAUUUCGAGGCUGCCUGAUAUCAUUGAGGAGACUAAGCUUGACCUUGGGAGGUCGGGGCUCGCGAACUCGAUCGUCGGGCAUGUGGGUGACGGGAAUUUCCAUAUAAUACUCCUCUACAACAACGCGGAGAGGAAGCUGGCCGAGGAGUGCGUCCACCGGAUGGUAAAGCGGGCGAUCGAGCUGGAGGGCACAGUCACGGGCGAGCACGGCGUCGGCCUCGUCAAGAGGGACUACCUGCCGCACGAGCUCGGGGAAAGCACGGUAGAUGCUAUGAGAAAGCUCAAGCAGGCCUUCGAUCCUCUGUGUCUGCUGAACUGCGACAAGGUCGUCCGGGUACAGAAGCCCAAGGCUGGAGAGGUGGCCGAGUGGUAGCGGUAGCCGUAGCGUCUGGCUGGGGAGCCUUGGCCCUUGUUUUGAUACCCCCGAGUCCGCUCGCUGCACACGGAGUGCAACUACCGGCCCGUCUUGUCUUUGCCAAUUGGGCUAGCUUGCCGUGGGAUGGGAUGCGCGGCGUCACUGCCGGGAGGUGGAGAGAAUUGUAACACUUAAGAACUAGGGCGGCUGGAGGUAUAUGAAGGG